AUGAGCUCUUCUAGCAUCCUCCGGAGCAUGACUCCUGCGACCAAGUUCUCUCGGACAUGGAGGCAAUCCAGAAGACAGUUCUCCUCCACGCGGCCUGCCGCGCGGAUCAUUGCCAACCAGCCACUCCGAGCCAAGGAAGCUCCGCUCCAUGUCUCUCGGAAGUACCCCGUCAUUGAUCACGAAUAUGAUGCGGUCGUGGUUGGAGCCGGUGGCGCCGGUUUGCGAGCAGCUUUCGGUCUCGCGGAAGCAGGUUUCAACACAGCAUGCGUUACCAAACUGUUUCCUACGCGAAGUCACACGGUGGCGGCGCAGGGAGGCAUCAAUGCAGCUCUCGGAAACAUGCACGAGGAUGACUGGAGGUGGCAUAUGUACGACACAGUUAAAGGAUCGGAUUGGCUUGGUGACCAGGAUGCCAUCCACUAUAUGACCCGCGAAGCGCCUCGAUCGGUUAUUGAGCUUGAAAGCUACGGAUGCCCCUUUUCGCGAACCGAGGAUGGCCGGAUAUACCAGAGAGCAUUCGGAGGACAGUCACAAAAAUAUGGAAAAGGUGGACAGGCGUACCGAUGCUGUGCCGCCGCCGACCGGACGGGUCACGCUCUGUUGCACACCCUGUACGGACAAUCUCUCAACCACAACGCCAGCUAUUUCAUCGAAUAUUUCGCCCUAGACCUGCUCAUGGAGGGUGGCGAAUGCAAGGGUGUUAUCGCCUAUAACCAGGAGGACGGUACUCUGCAUCGUUUCAAGGCUAAGAACACUGUCCUGGCCACCGGUGGCUACGGACGAGCUUACUUCAGUUGUACCUCUGCCCACACUUGUACCGGAGACGGCAUGGCCAUGGUCGCACGUGCCGGUCUCCCCAACCAGGAUCUCGAAUUCGUCCAAUUCCACCCAACCGGUAUCUAUGGUGCUGGUUGUCUGAUUACGGAAGGUUCCCGAGGUGAGGGUGGUUAUCUUUUGAACUCGGAGGGUGAACGAUUCAUGGAACGGUAUGCUCCGACCGCAAAAGAUUUGGCUUCCCGAGACGUCGUUUCCCGGUCCAUGACGAUGGAAAUCCGUGAGGGUCGUGGCGUUGGUCCUCACAAGGACCAUAUCUACCUGCAGCUCAGCCAUUUGCCAGCCGAAAUUCUUCAUGAACGCCUGCCUGGUAUCUCGGAAACCGCCUCGAUCUUUGCCGGCGUUGAUGUGACCAAGGAACCUAUCCCGGUUUUGCCUACUGUCCACUACAACAUGGGUGGUAUCCCAACCAAAUACACUGGUGAAGUCCUCCGCGUCAACGAUGCUGGACAGGACGAGGUUGUCCCAGGUCUUUUCGCUUGCGGUGAAGCCGCUUGCGUGUCUGUCCACGGCGCUAACCGAUUGGGUGCCAACUCGCUCCUGGAUUUGAUUGUGUUUGGCCGAGCUGUCUCACACACGAUCCGUGACAACUUUACGCCUGGCCAGACCCAGAAGGAGCUCGCGGCCGAUGCCGGUGCUGAGUCUAUCAAUGUGCUUGACAAGAUCAGAACAUCGGACGGUCCUAAGAGCACGUUCGAUAUCCGCAAUGCCAUGCAAAGAGUGAUGCAGACUGACGUCAGCGUCUUCCGAACCCAAGAGUCUCUGGAUGAAGGUGUGCGGAGAAUCAAUGAGGUCGAUCAGAUGUACGACCAGGUCGGUAUCAAGGACCGCAGCAUGAUCUGGAACUCGGAUCUUGUUGAAACUCUGGAGCUGCGGAACUUGUUGACUUGCGCUGUCCAAACUGCCGCCUCUGCCGCCAACCGCAAAGAAUCCCGAGGCGCCCACGCUCGUGAAGAUUACCCGGAGCGUGAUGACGAGAACUGGAUGAAGCAUACUCUGUCAUGGCAGAAGAACCCUCAUGGCAAGGUUGAGCUUGGGUACAGAGCCGUCACCAGCCACACUCUGGACGAGAACGAAUGCAAGUCCGUCCCGCCGUUCAAGAGAACGUAUUAA